UGUAUUUAUUAACAUUAGUUAACACUUUACUAUCAUGUCUCAAACGAGAAGCACAUUGACAUUAAUUUGUUGUGCCAAUACAAGCGUGAUUGAACCAUUUGGACGUAAACACAUUCAGUAUUUAUUCAAAUGUUACAAUUAUUAACAGAAACAUGUGAACACUGAACACCAUUAAGAGUUGACGCGCGAUACAAUUGUUUACAUUUACUUCCGUGUUUCACAAUCACCUGAAAGCGAAAUACGUCAUCAUUUUAUUAUACUUAUACACCGAUUUGUGGCUUUUAGAAAUACACGGCGUACAUUUUGUUUCGUUAGUAUUGAAACAGACCAGUGAAAAUGGCAGCCAGAACUGACAGUAAAAAGACUUCCCUCGCUGAGGCAAAGACAAAGUAUGAGUAUUUCUGGAAGGAAGAAUCCCCCUUCAGUCAAUGGUAUCCUGCCAAAUUUAAAGACGGCAAUCAGUCGUAUAUGUGUGCCGAGCAGUACAUGAUGCACAGAAAAGCAGUGUUAUUCAGAGAUCAAGAAAGCGCCAUGAAGAUCCUCCACUCCCAAGAUCCGAAAGUUCAGAAGUCUUUAGGUCGGAAAGUGAAGAACUGGGACCAGGAAUUGUGGGACAAGUCGUGCAGGCAGACUGUCAAAGAGGCGUCUCGACUGAAGUUUUCGCAGAACCCAAACCUAAAGAAAAUCCUCUUCGACACGUUUCCUAAAACUCUGGUUGAGGCCAGUCCAGUGGAUACGAUCUGGGGGAUCGGUUAUGCCGCGGACCACCCCAACGCGUGGGAUGAAGCCACGUGGCGAGGGCAGAAUCUCCUAGGUUACGUCUUAACGGAAGUGAGAAACGACAUGAUGGAGGAAGAGGGACUGAAAACAUAAUAUACAAUACACUCUUCUGUAGUUGUGUAAAAAGUAGUAAAUAGUUAGGUACAUUAAUUUUAUAAAUAAAGACACCGAUUUAAAAAUUU